AGGUAUAAGAGCGGGUGUGGCUGCAGGGAGGCGGCGGACAGACGAAGGCAGCAUGGAUUCCAGGCGGGCCUCCCUGCUGCUGCUGGUCCUACUGCUCACGGCCGACUGGGCCCACACAGACGAGCCCGGGGACAGCAACGGAGGCCAGAUCUUCGUGGAGGAAGAUAGUGGGCUACACCCACUGCAGGACACCCAGGCCCGUGGGUCACUCUUGCGCUCCCUGCUUCAGGCCAUGAGGAGACCCAGCCGGAGCCAGGCCUUCCUGUUUCAGCCCCAGAGGUUUGGCAGAAAUACCCGGGGGUCCUGGAGCACCGAGCGGCUGAGUCCUCGGGUUGGGGAGGGGCUGAGCUCCCCGUUCUGGAGCCUGGCUGCCCCUCAGCGAUUUGGGAAGAAGUGAGAUGUCACGUCUUGAUGUGUGUGCAUGCAAGACCCACACCCA